AUGGCCUCUGAACAAUCGCCCGACGAAGCGCGAGUCGGCCACUUCAAGUACUCCAAACGGGCCGUGCUGAAAACGAUCGUGGGCCGCUCAGACAACGGGUUGGGCGUCAUCGGGCGGAGAGUUGUGGUAGGGGGUUGGGUUCGAUCCUCCCGCGAGUUCAAGAAAGACGAGCCCAAACCAGCUCCUGGGCCCAAAUCGGGCCUCGAGCCCAAGGACAUCACGUGUGUCGAGGUCCUCCAGACGAGGAUGCCGUUCUUGAGGUCCAUCAUAAAGGCUUUCGGUGGAGACCGUGCGCGAGACAAACUCGACAAUGCCAUUACUCUGCCGAAGCCACCUCGGCCAUCGAUCUCGAUCUUGGCAAUUAGCGAUGGUUCGUGUGUCGCUAGUUUACGGGUUGUGGUGGACUCGGACUUAGCUCCACCGAGUCAAGUUAUGCCAACGGGCACUUGCAUUUUCGUCGAGGGUGUUUUGCAAAGUCCUUCAUUGCAGGAUAAGGAAGUUAUUGAGCUCAAAGCAGACAAAAUUCUUCAUAUAGGCACAGUUGACAUGGACAGAUAUCCCUUGUCGAGAAAGCGUCUGCCUUUGGAAAGUUUGCGCGAUUGUGCUCAUUUUCGACCGCGUACAACAACUGUGGCCUCUGUAAUGAGGAUAAGAAAUGCACUCACACAAGCAACUCAUCGAUUCUUCCAAGAAAAUGGGUUCCUUCACGUGCAAGUCCCGAUAAUCACGAACACAAACUGCUGGGGGUCGAAAAACGAGAACACGUUCCACGUAACCACACUUCUCGACCGAACGGAAAAAACGGACGAUCAAAACUCGGUCGACGAUUUCGAGACUGUGAAGCUCGAAAUCAUUAAAUCCUCAAUCCAAGAAAAGGCCCGAAAAAUCGAGGAGCUCAAAAGAAGCAAUAGCAACAAGGAAGCUCUCGCAGCGGCCAUUCAUGACUUGAAGAAAACGAACGAGCUAGCUUUGCAGUUGGAAGCCAAACAGAGAAGUAAAAUUGGAAAAUCAAGCCACCGGACGAGUCGAGCUAGUAACUUGCCUUGUUUAACCGUUUCGGGCCGAAUGCAUCUUGAGAGUUACGCUUCGGCCCUUGGAAAUGUGUAUGAUUUUGGGCCGAGGUUUGUUGCAAAGAGGCCCGACUCGAAGAAGUUGUUAGCUGAGAUGUGGAUGGCCGAGCUCGAAAUGGCUUUUUCUGAACUAAAGGAUUCCAUGGAUUGUGCAAUCGACUUUUUGAAAUUCGUGUGCAAAUGGAUUUUGGAUAACUGCUCGGAAGAUCUGAAGUUCGUUGCGAAGCGUGUUGAUAAACUUAUAGUUGAUCGGCUUCAAUCGAUCGUUACGUGUCCUUUCGAAAAAAUUUCUUACACAGAGGCAGUUAAUUUCUUGAAGCAGGUCUCAGAGAGGAAAUUCGAAACAGAAGUCGAAUGGGGAGUUUUCCUUAGCGAAGAACAUGAAAGCUAUUUAACAGAUGAAAUAUACAAAAAACCGCUCGUAAUAUACAAUCACCCGAAAGAACUUAAGCCGUUCAAUGUCCGAAUAAACGACGAUGGGAAAACAGCUGCAUCAUUUGAUAUAAUCUUACCAAAGGUCGGGACACUUAUAAGAGGAAGCCAAACCGAGGAGCGCUUUAAUAUGUUGAUCACAAGGAUCAAAGAAUUUGGCUCGGACAGCAGAAAGCAUUACGAGUGGUACUUAGAGCUUCGAAAGCACGGACAUGUCGAGUGUUCGGGUUUUAGCUUCGUGUUCGAUCCAUUGGUUAUGUAUGCCACUGGAAUUAAUGAUGUUAGAGAUAUUGUUCCAUUUCCAAGGAGUUUUAGCAUUGCUCAGUAA